CAAUAAGUAAAAGGAUAGGUGGACUUAAAACAAAUGAAAAUAAGAUCAAAUCUAAAAAUAAAGUAACAAAAUAAUAACCAUCCACGUAUAUCCUGGAAAUUAUGAAAUUGUUUUAAAUUGUGUUUCAAAUGCGAAAAUUUGGUAAAAAGUGCAGAAGUGAACUUAGUUAAUAAUGUGUAAAGAAGCUAAAAGAAUGGCUCGGACGAUGAGGCCACUAAAUCCCUGCCUACUAAAGGCCGUCCUAUUUUGUUUUCUGGCUGUUAGUGUUGUAAAAGCAGCCAAUACAUGCAAAAGAGGAUGUCCCCAAUCUGACAGUGGGAUAUUAAAAUAUCAACCCGGAAAUGUGUACGAAUACAAUUUCGAAUCUGUUCUGGCAGUCGGACUAGGCACUGGAGUAUCGACAGAUAGCGAUGACACAAGCUUGAAACUAGUUGGAAUUGCCAAAGUUUUCGCUGAAGGCAAUUGUGACUACACACUACAACUGAGUGCUGUGAAAGUCUCAGCCACCAAAGAAGCCAUUGACAAGAAGAUUGCACAGACCAUUCAAAAACCUGUACAUUUUACAUUAGGGAACGGAAAACUAGAACCACAAUUGUGCUCUGAUCCAAAUGACAAUCAGUAUGCUUUGAAUAUUAAACGAGCUAUCGUUUCUCUGUUGCAAUCUAGCACAGAAGACGGUACAGAGAUUGAUGUCUUUGGCAUGUGCCCGACGCACACAUCGGUAUCGAAAGUUGGUGGAGCGGAAGUUGUGACCAAAACGCGUAAUUUAAAUCAAUGCAGCUACAGAGAGGACACCCGAAGUGGCUUAAUUCAUGGUAUUGUGAAUCAAGCAGCUGGAAUUAAAUCUACCCACCUUUUCAAGGCUAGCUAUGCCAAGGAAUCAAAAAUUUCGAAUGGUGUAAUCGAAAACGUUCAUUUAGUUGAAGACUACAAUUUUGGUGUGGCAGAGAAAGGCAUUCAAAGUGUGCGCGGAAGAGUAAUUACGAACCUGAAAGUCAAAAACCCAGCUGGUGUACCUGCUACUUCCCCGCAGACAGGCGCUCAUGUGACCUCAGUUGUUUUCCAGAAACCGGAGUCAUAUGCAACGAAAAAUUUAGCAGCUUUAAAAACUGCUUUAACUCAACUAGUUGACUUAUUGAACGGAUAUGUGAAAAAAGACAGUGCCAAAAGUUUUACUGAGCUUAUACGUUUGAUGCGAAAUGCAGACACGGAUACCCUGCUCGAGUUGGCCGCUGUACCACAACCGAACAAUGUUUUGUCGCGUAAAGUCUAUCUAGAUGCACUGUUCCGCACCGGUACCUCUGAAUCUGCCAAAGCCAUUUUAAAGCAGUUUAACAAAUUGGACGAACAUGAAAAGCUAAUCGCCAUUAUUUCUCUAAACUUCGUGCAAACAAUUGAUAAAGAUACCUUGAAUCAAGCAGCAACUCUAUUAACACCCAAUGCACCAAAGCAGGUAUAUUUGUCCAUUGGAGCACUUGUUGCCAAAUACUGCAAUGCAAAUGGAUGUGAACAAGGAGACUUGGAUGCGAUCUCCAAAAAAUUCACGGAUAAUCUAAAGCAUUGCAAAGCCAACACAAAGAAGGAUGAAGAUCGUGUUGUAAAUAUAUUGAAAGGUAUUGCAAAUAUUGAGCACCUAAGCAGCCAAGCUGCUGUGGUUUUAACUGAAUGCGCUUCAUUGGGACGGUCGACACGUAUUCGUGUGGCAGCAUUGCAGGCUUUUGCUUCAGCCAGCUGCGAUUCAGUAUUGGCUCAGAAAGCUUUGGCUUUACUGCGUGAUCGUAACGAAGACUCGGAGCUGAGAAUUGAAGCAUAUUUAGCAGCUAUUAACUGCCCCACUGCCAAUUUGGCCAUCGAAAUUGCAGACAUUAUUAAUUCAGAGCCUGUAAAUCAAGUUGGUGGAUUUAUUGCAUCCAAUCUUAGAGCGAUUCGGGAUUCAACAGACAUUGACCGUGUCAAUCAGCGCCACCAUUUGGGUAAUAUUAGGGUUACGAAACAUUUCCCCAAGAACCCUAGGCGCUAUAGUUACAACGAUGAAGUAUCAUACAAACUAGAUGCUCUGGGUGUUAGUGCAAGUUCAGAUUAUAAACUGAUAUACUCACAACAUGGAUUUUUGCCCCGUUCGGCAAGGCUGAAUGUAAGUACUGAGAUUUUCGGCACUAAUUACAAUAUUUUCGAAUUAAGUGCGAGGCAAGAAAAUUUAGAGAACGUUUUAGAAUAUUAUGUGGGGCCAAAAGGAUUGCUUAAUAAGGACUUUGAUGAAAUAAUGAAACAGAUAGAUGUAGGAGGUAAUCCUUCCCCCGGCGAACGCACACGUCGCUCUAUUGCUGAUGACACAUCCAAAGUCUCGAAAAAAUAUAAAACAUAUGGGACUAAAAACAUCCAAGACGUCAACCUCGACUUAUCGAUGAAGUUCUUCGGUUCCGAAAUGUUGUUCCUUAGCUUGGGGGAUCAAAUUCCAGGCUCUCUAAGAGAUAUCAUUAAAGACUUUUCAUCGAUAUUUGAUAGCGCAAAGCAAAAACUUUCGUCAUUUAAGAGGGAAUUCACUGUGCAUGAUCUUUUCCUUGAUCUGAACGCUAUUUAUCCUACUGGUGUUGGUAUUCCGCUGGAAUUGAAUGCGCAAGGUUCUGCCGCAAAUAAAUUAGAUUUCGGUAUAAACCUUGAUGUUGAUGCUAUCCUUGAUCAGAAUUGGCUGGUCACCAAAUUCCAGGUGAAAGUUGUACCAAGUGUUGAUGUCAGUUUAAAGUUACAACUUGGCUUUAACGCGUAUGUUUUAGCUACAGGGCUUCAGGUAGAGUCCAGUCUUCAUUCAGCUACCGGUUCUGACAUUAAAUUCGAGUUAACUAAUGAAGGAAAUGGAUUCAAUCUAGAUAUAGAGUUGCCCCAAAACCAAUUAGAAUUGGUCGAUGUGGAGUUCAUACCUGGAUUUUACAUAUCUGAACUUGAUAAGCCUGCAAAGGUCAUCACGCCAAAAGAUGUCAAAAAACAAAGGUCCGAUAAGUUUAACAUGUGUUUUAAUCAAUUGGACACCAUUGGGCUUAAUUUAUGUAUAGAUGCGGCGGGUGUUGCUAUUCUAAAGGAAGAAUCAGCUAUUAUCGAUGAUAUUUACACCUUAUUACAUCCAGUAAGCCUGAGUGUCUACACUAAAGUCGAAAGGAAAUAUAAUCUACAGGGUUCAUAUGUGCCACAGACCAAUAGUGGAAGUCAGGAAUGGAAAUUAGAACUGAAUACUCCAGGAUCAAGAGAAUCUCAUUCUGCUAGCGUCACUUUUGAACUUGGGUCAAAUCCUCGCACUUAUGGACGACUGGCUUUUAAUACCCCACUGUAUCACUUUGCUUUAGAGUCCGGUUUUAACAAUGACAACAAAGAGUUGGUCUUCUAUGCUCAAUAUGAAAACAAUGACGACGUCAAGCGAAACAGAAUAGGAUUUAUUCGCAAUGGUAAUGAAUAUCGUCCCGUUAUUGAAAUACAGGACCAGAGUGGUAUAUCCAAUGAAAUUAACGGAUAUCGUAUGGAUGGUAAGGUCGUUUUGCAAAAAACAGGCGACAGGCAAGCAAAAUACUUGUUCGAUAAUUUCCAAAUAUCAAAUAAGGAAAAUGAACGUGUUGUCGUAAACGGAUGGACAGAAGUGGGGCCAGCUUGGUUGAACAAUGAAUUACGUAUAGGCGUUGGAAAAGAUUCAUAUCUCGUAAGAGGUAACUUCAAAGUGGAUAAAGGUGUGUACGAUAUUGGAUUGUUUACAAACGACGAACGUGCACCCGAUGAUGUCUAUGGGGGAUCCGUACAUGUCCAGCUAGCAGAGCAUGUAUACAUAGCGCAGUUGAUAGGUGCGGCGGCAGCCUGGGAAGUGAAUUUCAAUAACGAGGUGCAGUACACAAUUCCUGAGGAACCGAACGCUCUUGCAUUCAGCAGUUUCAAGCAUGAUAUAACAGUAAAAAAUAAAAAAUCAGUUGUUGGUCAAUUUAAAUUGAAUGGACUUUCCUCUGGUAGCAACAAACUGGAGCUGGAUACCGAAUUAUUGAGAGGCAAGAGAGUCGCUGGUCUUAACGUAAAAUACGAUGGUAAUCGGCACACCCAAGGCGAUUAUAUUAUCGAAAUUCAUGGAAAAUAUAACAAACAUUUUGCUGAUAUCAUCGCUAAGAGUGACUUCAAUGGAAAUCGAUUUAUUAUCGAUAAUUCCCUUGUAACCAGUUGGGGUACAUCUGUAACCGUUAAAGGUGAGCUAGGUCAACGUUUCACCGCUCAAGAUAUAUAUAUUGAAGUUAGUGGUGCAGCGCAACUCAGCAAGAAAGAUAAGCCCAUUCAGUGGAUUGUUAAGGUUAUUGGCGCACCCGAAAAGACAAUUAGCGAAUUGGAAGUCUCAAGAGAUAACACUGAGGUACUCAAAUAUAACGGCGAAUUGCAGCAUCCACAAGAUAAAAUAUCUGCGGGUAAAAUCACUUUGUUCGUCAAAAAUUCAGCGACGCUUAAAGGUGAUUUUAAAGUCGCCAAGAAUGGUAAAGGUGAAGCCAAUGUGGCUAUAGAAACACAAAUUUCCGAGAAGAAGCACAAACUUGACGUGAACUCAAAGUUCCAGAUUCAGGCACCUAAAUAUGAAGUGGAAACUACAAUAAUCAUUGACGGCGAGAAGAAAAUAUCCCUUAAGACAGACAGCCACUUGGAUAAAGUUAAAUUUUCAACUAAAAACUUAGCAGAAAUUUCAAAUAAAAAAAUUUCACUCGAUGCUAAUGCCGCAAUUAAAGGGGUUUGGCAAGCAAAUGGUGAAUUGCAAGGCAACUUUGUUCUAACUUCUCCGUCGGGCCAUGUUGCAGAAGGUAAUGUCAAACGCAAAGUUACAACCAAUACCAAAACCGGGAACGCUCAGGGCAAUCUCGAAGUACAACUAAGUGAAACAAUUAAUGGCAAAAAACGGACUUUGGGGUACACAGUUCAUGCUGACAAAUUUAAUUUUAAAACAAAGGAACUUUCUCAAAACGCUCAGCUCACAUUUACUAAUUUUGAUAAUAAGAAAUUAGAAUUAGGUGCAAACUUAAAACAUUUACCCAAGGAUCAAAGCAAAACCAUCGAAAUUAAAUCCAACUUGCGUGGUGAUUUCCUAAAUAUACCUGCCGAUUUCAAUUUCGUAGUUGAUGAAUAUGAUAGCAGACAUGCAAUUUUCCGAAUCGACCUUAAAUUUGGAGGUACCUAUAAUUACAACGUUAAUGGUAGAUAUAAUUUAGGUGCUAAUGGAAGCCCAGCAACGUAUGAAGUCCAAGGUAAUGUUCAAUUACCAAAAAGUAGCAUCAAAACGAUUCAGUUUAGUUCCAAUGGUAAAUUGAUAAAGCCAUCCGAAAAAAGUGGUAUCUAUGAUAUUGAACUGCACGUAGAUGAACAGGCUGGCGACAAUCAGUACUUACGUUUGAACACCAUGUGGAAGGGUUCACAGCAACAGGGCGCAUAUACAUUCGACUUGGAAACUAAAGAGAUGCAUGCACCACUGAAAUUGGAGGGUACUUACCAGCAUGAACAUCAAGGAGCUGUCAAAGAUGGAUCAGCUAGUGGAAAACAGCGGUAUUCGUUCAACUAUGACUAUAAUAAUAACUUUGUCAAAACUUCCGCCGAUCUCAGUUAUACUGGUGUUAAUACAGCCACCCUUCAUUACAAAUUGGACAGUAGUUUUGAAUCAACCAAAGAUAUUGAUGUGGAUAUACGUUUGCAGAAGCUUGAAGUCGAUGGAUAUGAGAUUAAGUGGCAGGCAAAGAGUGGUGAAAAUGUAUAUUCAUCUGAUUCCAAAAUCUAUCAAUCGGAAUACAAAAAAGGCAUAGACUUGCAUGUCACAACUCCCAAUGGCAAUCCAGUAGUGGUAGUUGGACUUUUUGAAGUUUUGAGUGAACAUAAAUCGAAACUUACGGUCGAUAUUAAAAAUCUGAUUGAUUUAGACAUCUUGUAUAACUCCGAGUCAUCAUAUAAAAGUAUUGAUGAUUUCUCUAUACAAGCAAAUUGGAACUCAGCAAAAUUAAAUCUUCAAAAUUACAUUCUGGACGUGCGAUCACAGGGCAAGACAAUAGUUUUCAAUUUAAAGAACGCCCAAGGUGUAAUUUUUGCUGGCAGCGCAACAUACUCGCAGAAGAAGGAUAAGAACAAGAACGUUCUCGAAGGACAGGGUCAGGUACAGUACAAUGGAAAAUCAAAGAAAACAAGUUUCCGACUUAUACAUCAAAUAUAUGACAUCAAUAUCGACAAAGAAGUAGGUUUCUCAUACACGUUGGAUGGCACUUUUGGACCCAAGAAAGGUGUGUCUACCUUAAAAAUUACAAAUAAAGAGGCCGAUGUUAAGUUAUCAAUAUGUGAAGAGAAAAAACAAUGUACCAACGUACAAGUUCAGUCAAUUGUCUCUCAAAAUGGCCAAGACAUUAACUCGCCUCAACAUUCAUUACUUGUUGUAAUUGAUUUGCGGGAACUUGGGUACCCUUACGAACUUGAAUUCCAGUCAAAAACUAUUCGUCAAGGAUUGAAGCUCCAAUAUAGCUUGGAAUCGCAAAUUGUUUCGAAUAAUAAUUUAAAGUACAAAUUAGUUGCCAACAUACAACCAACAAACUCCUAUGUUCAAGUGAAAUUACCUCACCGUGAACUUCUUCUUGAAGCGAAACAGCAAUUCCCCGAACAAGGUAAAUUCUUUGGACACUAUGAGAACUCUUUCGCACUCUACUUAGACAAAACGAACAAACCAAAUGAUGUCACGAGUUUGCGGGCAAUUGCUGAUGUAACUGGUACUCAACUCGCAGCUAUAAAUGUGAAUUCGGAAAUCACGUUUGAACAUCCAACUAUUCGCCCACUAACAAUCUCUGGUAAAUUUGAUGCUAACCGCCAGCAAAGUAUUGUUAACAGUGAAGUAAUUUUGGACAUAUUCCGUUUGCCGGAACAACAGAUUAUCGGGUCUCUGCGCACACAAAAUACUCAACAAGGCAAUGGUUUCAAUAUUACUACUUUUGAAUCGCUGCGUUCCACCGGCCUUGGUUUCAACUAUGAAUUCAGUGGUCAUACCGCGCUUAAUGUAGACUUGGAAAUAUUUACUGCUGGUGUCCUUAUUAAUAGUGGUGCAUCAGAUUUGAAGGCCAUAGCCAAUGUUUACGCAACAAAGGAGCAUAGUGAUGUGUCCAUUUACGUUCUGAAUGAGCCAGUUUUGCAGGUGGCAGCCGACUUUAACCACCAAAAAUACGCAUUGAAGAUAGAUAGUAAAGCUCAACUAUUCAGCCAAGCUCCGGUCCAACUUGUUGUCGAAUUGCAACCAACAGAGUCAAAGAUCUCAAUCAAGCGAAAAAAUCUCCUCGACUUGGAUGCUGAUGUUAAGCUUGGGAAAGAACUGAAAGUUAACAUUCAAGGCGUGGGUAAGCAACUGCUCAAUGGUCGCGUUGCUUUAGAUGCAGUCAACUUCUUACAAACUACCUACUCGAGCAACAGCGACGACAUCAAAUCGUUUUUGAAUGUUGUUGAAGCCGAAGUCAAAAAGGAUACUGAAGCGACAGUAGAAAAAAUAAAGGAGAAAUUUAAGCAUAUACGCGAAACGGUAGAUAAGCAAGCACAAUUAUUGAAAGACGGCACACCUGAUCUUUCGAAACUGAAAGCAAACUAUGAAGCAAAUAUUAACGGAAUAGUAAACGAGCUCGAAAGUGACCCGGCUUUUAAGCAGAUAAGUGGAAGCUAUGAAAAGAUUUAUACGAGAGUUGCAAAAAUUGCUGGGGAUGUAUCACAGAGUGCUGCUGAAUCCUAUGAAAACUUACAUAAGUCCGUCGCGGAGCUUUACGAAAAAUUGGAAGCUACACUAAAAGAGACCAUACUGCCUGCAUGGGAGGAGCUUCUAGUUACCGCUUUGAAAGUUCUUGGAGACAUACGCAUACAAGUAGUAAACCUUUUAACCGAAUUAGUCCAGGAUGUGUGGAGUGUAUUGGAACAAUAUGGCCCUGUGUUGAAAACCUAUGGUAAGACAAUUAACGAAGCUUUGAAGCCGCUGAAUGAGGCAGUGCAAGAACUUGUCAAAGUGGUAACGGACGCCAUUCAGGAUUUCUUCGAAGAAUUAAGGGAAUAUCUUACGAAACUUCCUACGCUUGAUGCACUUCAAAACGAAUUAAAGGAGAGAUUGAAAAAACUUCGACUUGUGGAGAAUACCCUAGAAUUAUUAAAUAAUCUUUUCGACCAAUUGCACAUUUUGCCACUGACCCAAGAGUCUAGUGAGUUCUUAGACAAAUUACAUGAGUACACUGAGGCGAAACUCACAAAUAAAGAAAUAAAUGAUGAACAGAUUAUACAAGAGCUAGCGAAACUUCUUGUGAGUGCAGUACGUUCGAUUUGGAUAAAUUUGAACGUUAGUUCACCCAGUGUGUCUGGUAAUAUACUUGCUUCUAUAUUGGGUGCAACAUCUGAAACCUUUGAUUUCUUUGACAAAAUUCCUAACUUACUGUCAUUCCGCUUUAGCGUUUUUAAUUUCCUGAUAAAUGAGAACUGGGAAAAAAUACUUACCGAGGAAUAUCUCAAAUCUUGGGUAUUGUUCCAAGACUUUAAUCUACACGCUCACAUUGCUGAUGGCCAUCAAGUCUUCACGUUCGAUGGUCAACAUUACUCAUUCCCAGGAACUUGCAAGUAUAUAUUGGCACAAGACAGUUUGGAUAAUAAUUUUACCGUCGUUGCACAGCUCAACAAUGGCAAGUUGAAAGGUAUUAUAUUAACCGAUCGUGAUGGCAAUGUUGCUGAGAUUACAGACUCCGGAGUCUUGAAAAUCGAUGGCAAUCAAGCCGAAUUCCCUCAACAUGUCAACAGCAUUCAUGCUUGGCGUUUAUUCUACACGGUCUGGUUGCAUUCCGAUUACGGUGCUGAAGUCAUGUGUACUCAGGACUUGAAGGUUUGCAAUAUUAAAGUAGAUGGUUUCUAUACUAGCAAGACACGCGGUCUGUUUGGCAAUGGUAAUGCCGAGCCGUAUGAUGAUUUCGUUCAAAUUGAUGGCACAAUCGCGCCAGAUUAUGCUACGCUAGGCAACGGGUAUGGAAUCGGAAAAUGUGCACCAAUUACUGCUCAACCAGUUGACGCUGCUCCCCGUUCAGAAAUUUGCACUGAGAUAUUCAGUUUCGAGUCGUCCCUUACUCCUGGCUAUAUUUUCGAAAAUCCCUCACCCUACCGCGCACGAUGUGAUGCGGCAGUCUCUGAAGCUCCCGAAAAGGAGAAAGAGUCAGCAGCGUGUACGAUAGCCACCGCCUAUGGUUCUGCGUUAAAAUUGAAGGAUAUUCCAACUCGUUUACCAUCACGAUGCUUGAAAUGCCCCGGUGCUGUUGGGCAAAAAGAACUCGGCCAGGAAUUCACUGUAAAAAUACCAAAUAAUAAAGCAGAUAUUGUUUUCGUUGUCGAUAUUGAUGUGAGCCCUACUAUAUUAAGCAACCUCAUUGCACCUGCGAUAUUGGAGGUGCGUGACUCUCUAAAGACGCGGGGCUUCACCGAUGUGCAAAUCGGAGUUAUUGCAUACAACGAAUCUCAGCUGUAUCCAGCUUUGUUAACUAGUGAUGGUGGAAAAACCAACUACCAAGGUAACAUAGCCAACAUUCAGCUUAAUGGGCCCAAAAACUUUUGCAUACACUGCGCCUCUCAGGAGGUGGCCGAUCCGAAAGUGAUUGAAAUCUUCAAGAGCAUUGAAGUAUUCCUACGAAGCAUCAUUCCACAGUCUGAUGAAAAAGCUUUCCGUCUGGCCCUCAACUACCCAUUCCGAGCAGGUGCUGCAAAGAGUAUUGUUGGAGUUCGCAGCAAUUCUGUAGAAUUCGUCAAUUUGUUCAAAUUGGUACGCGCUCACUUAACAGAUGCAGCAACCAGUUUCAAUGGUGCUUUAUUACACUUAAUAGGUCCUGUAAAGGAAUUAUCCGUGGAAGGCAUUCCUAAAGAGAAACUAGUCGGAUUCAAUUCUCGCUUAAUUGCCACAUUAGACGGUAAGGACGCAAAGAAACGGCAAAAACUGCAAUUUGAAAACGAUGUUGGCAUCGAUUUUGUGCUUGACAAUGGUGGUUGGGUUUUUUCAACACAGAACUUUGAUCAACUGAAGCCUAACGAACAGAAGAAAACUCUCAAUCAAGUUGUAAACACGUUAGCUGAUACACUUUUCAGAACGGAAAUCGUUAGCGAGUGUGCAUGUGAGGCCGCACAUGGUUUGCACGCCCAACACCGUUGCGUCAUUCAGUCUUCUACUUUCUUGCCGAGUAAGAAAGUGAAGUCAAAAUAAAUGAAAAGAAUUUAAAGGACUGUAAAAAUGUUGUUUUUUAUACAAUGAAAAUAAAAAUACUAAUAAUAUUAGAAUGUAAAUUACACAUUUUCUUAACUCA